AAAAUUCUCAGGAACCCUGCCAGAUGGAGGAGACCAAUGAUUUUCCCUUCUCCAUAGUAUCCAUCGUUGAAGAUGUUCUUCAACAUUAUAGUACCCGAUCAAACGAUGCCGGAUUUCUAUUACCGCGGAAACUCGAAGAAUCUUCUCUAAGAAGAUACGAAGCUGCUGCGUGGCUUAGAGAGACGCUCGGAGUUUCUAGCGGUAGAGACUUCCCCGCCGAACCUUCUGAAGAAGAUUUUAGGCUUGGGUUGAGAAGCGGGAUCGUUCUUUGUAAUGUUCUUAACAAAGUUAAUCCUGGCUCAGUCUCAAAGGUUGUUGAAGCACCGGAUGAUGUUGCAGAUGGAGCUGCACUCUCUGCUUUUCAGUACUUUGAAAACAUCAGGAACUUUUUAGUUGCCGUUGAGGAAAUGGGUUUGCCAUCUUUUGAAGCUUCUGACAUGGAGAAGGGAGGAAAGUCUAUUAGGAUAGUGAACAGCAUACUUGCACUUAAGUCUUAUAGCGAGUGGAAACUGAAAGGUGGAACUGGUCCGUGGAGGUAUGGAUCCAACAUGAAGAAUAAUUUUGGAUCGAGGAAACCAUUUCUGAGGAAAAGUUCAGAGCCGUUCAUGUCAACAACUCAUUCAUCACCUGAUCAGCCUGUGUGUUCUGAUCUUGGGCAAGGAGAUUCUAGAUCCAUUAACGCGCUUGUUCGAUCAUUUAUUUCAGACAAAAAGAAUGAAGACAUUCCAAGUGUUAUAGAGUCUGUGUUGAACAAAAUUAUGGAAGAAGUCCAGCAACGGUUAUCAAUCCAAAAUGAAAUGAUGAAAUCAAGUACAAAGCCUAUUCCAGAAGAUGAUUCAUCAUGCGAGACAGUGGAACCGUCUCAGCAGUGUGGAGUAAGACAACAUGACGAAGUAGAAGAAAACAUAACAUCACAAGUCGUAGAAGAAAAGAUUCAAAGGAUAAAUACUGAACACUUGGAAGAACAAGAGAUUCUUCUAAACCAACAAAAGCACAUCCAGGAGUUAAAGCAAGUUCUAAACACUACCAAAGCUGGAAUGCAGUUACUGCAGAAGAAGUAUCAAGAAGACUUCUUUCACCUAGGCGAUCAUGUAAAUGGUUUAGCUCAUGCGGCUACGGGAUACAAAAGAGUUCUUGAAGAAAACCGCAAAUUGUACAACCUAGUGCAGGACCUAAAAGGAAACAUACGGGUGUACUGUCGGGUUAGGCCGUUCUUGCCCGGGGAACCAACUGCUUUGAGUACCGUGGAACACAUAGAAGAAGGGACAAUCACAAUCAGAGUGCCAUCAAAGUAUGGGAAAGAAGGACACAAACCAUUCAUGUUCAACAAAGUCUUUGGUCCUUCUGCAACACAAGAGGAAGUGUUUUCAGACAUGCAGCCUCUGGUACGGUCAGUUCUUGAUGGCUACAAUGUCUGCAUCUUUGCUUAUGGCCAAACCGGGUCCGGGAAAACUUUUACCAUGACAGGUCCUAAGGAACUGACUGAAGAAAGCCUAGGUGUGAACUACAGGGCACUGGCUGAUCUGUUUCUUCUAUCAGAUCAAAGAAAAGACACAACCAGCUACGAAAUCUCGGUUCAGAUGCUAGAAAUUUACAACGAGCAAGUCAGAGAUCUACUUGCCACUGAUGGCCAACCUAAAAGGUUGGAGAUCAGAAACAAUUCUCAAAAUGGAAUUAACGUUCCGGAAGCAAGUCUAAUGCCUGUCUCAACGACGGAUGACGUUAUACAGCUGAUGGAUCUAGGACAAAUGAACCGUGCGGUGAGCUCAACAGCCAUGAAUGACAGAAGUAGUCGAUCUCACAGCUGUGUCACCGUUCAUGUUCAAGGCAGAGACCUCACGUCUGGAACUAUCCUCCAUGGCUCCAUGCAUCUGGUUGAUCUCGCAGGAAGCGAGAGAGUUGACAAGUCCGAGGUGACUGGAGACAGACUGAAGGAGGCUCAACACAUCAACAAGUCCCUCUCGGCUCUUGGGGAUGUGAUCUCUUCGCUUUCUCAGAAGACUUCUCAUGUGCCUUACAGGAAUAGUAAACUCACACAGCUGCUCCAGGACUCCCUCGGUGGAUCAGCCAAGACGCUUAUGUUUGUCCACAUUAGUCCAGAAGCUGAUACACUUGGAGAAGCUAUCAGCACUCUGAAGUUCGCUGAACGAGUGGGGAGUGUUGAGCUAGGCGCUGCUCGUGUGAACAAAGAUAACUCAGAAGUCAAGGAGCUUAGAGAACAGAUUGUUAAUCUCAAAAUGGCUCUAGAAAGAAAAGGAAAUGGUAAUGAUGCACAACCAACCCCUGAGAGAAUAUCAAGAAGAAGAUCACUUGAAACACCUUCCUUGCGACCCAAGCUUCCUGCCAAGGGAAAUGCACUAAGCAACCUUAGGCCUCAGAUUAUGGAUCUAAGUGGACCAGAGGGGUUUAGUGAUACUGCAUCUUCAAGAAGACACACCUUAGAUCUCCAUGAGUUAAUGAGGCGGAGGCAAUCACUAAACUCAACUGAAGAGGAUAGAGACUUUAAGUCAGGGGUGUGGAUAGAUAAGCAAUCACUAAACGGUGGGAGACAAGACUUUGAAGUGCAGAGUAUUACAGAUAACGAAUCUGAUGAAGGCGUAGCAAGUGAUUGCUCGGAUUCUGAUUUGUUGUGGCGAUUGAACGUUCAAGUGAAUGUGCCUGGAGUUUCUAAUAAACAAAGUUCAUCAAACUCCAAACCGAAGAAAGUUCAGACAAGAACUACUAAACUCUCAGAAACCAGAAGUUUGAUUCCAUCUCUGAUCCCAGCGCCAAGUAAGAGAACUCCUAACACCGUUGGUUCUCAGCCACAGCAGCGACUAACCAAAGAUGGAAAACGCAGAUUAAGUUUAGGCAAGUGA